AUGAAGAGGAAAAAUGAGUCAAUCGCCUCUUCUUCUUCUUCGUCUUGUUGUUGCUGUUGUAACGAUGGCGUUCAAUGGGAGCGAGGGCGGCUGAUCGGAAAAGGAAGCUUCGGAUCGGUUUUCAUGGCUUCUCUGAAGCGAUCAAUCGCUGCAUUCAGCAUUUUCCCUCCGGUAAUGGCGGUCAAAUCUGCUGAAGUUUCCGUUUCUAAAUCCCUUCAGAAGGAGAAACAAAUUUAUGAUAACUUGAAAGGAUGCAAUUCCUUGAUCCAAUGCUUUGGAGAAGAAAUUACUACUCGCAACGGUCGAAUGAUUUAUAAUUUGCUGCUGGAGAUCGCCGUUGGUGGAUCUCUUGCUCAUCGCAUCAAUAACACAUGUGGAAAGGGAUUAGCAGAAAACGAGGUUGGGAGGUACACAAAGACGAUAAUCAAAGGCCUAAUUCACAUCCACAAAAGAGGGUACGUUCACUGUGAUUUGAAGCCUGCAAAUAUCUUGUUGCUGCCCACGAACACAGCCAAGGGCGGUCGAUUGGUGGCCAAGAUUUGUGAUUUGGGGUUGGCCAGAAGAACCAGAGAGACAAGGCAUGACAAUUGUUUUGGAGGGACGCUGUCGUACAUGGCGCCGGAGACAUUGAUUCACCGCGUGCAAGAGUCGCCCAGUGAUAUUUGGGCACUUGGCUGCCUUGUGCUGGAAAUGCUCACCGGAAAGUGCCCGUGGGCCGCCACGGACAAGGCUGGGAUAGUGAAAAGCAUUACUGAGAAUGACGGAAUGCCGGAGAUUCCAGAAGGGGUGUCGAAAGAGGCAAGUGGGUUUUUGAAGAAUUGCUUUGUGAGGAAUCCGGAGUACAGAUUCACGGCGGAGAUGCUGAUGACUGUGCCGUUUGUGGCGGCGGCGGAGGAGGAGGAA